AUGUUCCGUUCCACCCAAGUGUGCCUGAGCGCUUUAACGAAGAGAACCCACAGGGUGAAGGUCCAGGUACUGAAGGAUUUCCCGCGAUUUCAAUUAUACAAAGGACAAGUUGCAAAUGUUAAACCAUCUUUAAUGAGAAACUAUUUACAUAAUUUCAAUGGUGCAAAGUACAUACUCAGUGACGAACACGACAUUAAUACGGAACUAUUAAAACAGUAUCAAGCACGUGAGUUGAAGUUAGAGGAAGACCGUCAACAGCUCUCUAAACGCCAAGAAAUGGAAACUCAAAGAAAUAUUGAGCUGCAGAGGCAAUCUGUUUUUGGCCACGAGAAGGAAGAGAGGCCAAAAGAGCAAAAGAAAGGUUUAUUGGAUUCUGAGAUUACUAUCGAAGAGGUUAAGAUCCCCGGUCUUGACAUUUGA